AGGGCAUUGGCUAAUCACUCCAAAGCCCACACGCUAAAAAACAGCUUCUUCGUAGACCCCAAAGCAAAUAGGCCGCUCAAAAGCCGCCAGAUCUCUUAGAAUUUCUUAUACCUUCCCCAAUUUCUGCUGGAAAAUCACUUCGAUGAUCUGAUUGUAAGCUCAUUCGUCUCUAAACCAUCGCAAAAUCUUUUACAGUCGUCGGGUUCUAGUUCAGUGAAACUGGGAUUCAGAUAAUCUCAUUGAUAGCAAGUUACUGCUGAAAUUGAUUUAUUGACAUGGGCGAUAGCAAUAGUAAUUCGCCGCCUGGGUCUCCUAAAGAAAACCCAGAUCAGGAUGCUGACAAAAAACCAAUUGCCAAGGAUGAUAGCACACUGGAAACUAUAGUUCGUAGGAUCCAGGACUCAAUUUCCAUAGGCAAGAAACACAAGUUUUGGGAAAGCCAACCAGUAGGUCAAUUCAAAGACAUUGGGGAUGCAAGUUUGGCUGAGGGCCCGAUUGAGCCUCCAACUCUAUUGUCUGAAGUAAAGCAAGAACCUUACAAUCUCCCUAGUCAAUAUGAAUGGACCACUUGCGACAUUGACUUGGAAGAGACUUGCACUGAGGUUUACAAUCUCUUGACGAACAAUUACGUCGAGGAUGAUGAGAACAUGUUUAGAUUUAAUUAUUCUAAGGAGUUCCUAAGGUGGGCUUUGCGCCCUCCUGGUUAUUACCGAAGUUGGCACAUUGGGGUCCGUGCCAAGGGUUCAAAGAAGCUCGUUGCUUUUAUAACAGGUGUGCCUGCAAGGAUUAGAGUGCGUGAUGAAGUUGUGAAAAUGGCUGAGGUCAAUUUCUUGUGUGUUCAUAAGAAGCUCAGGUCAAAGAGACUUGCCCCUGUCUUGAUUAAGGAGGUCACCAGGAGGGUGCAUUUGGAGAAUAUUUGGCAAGCUGCUUACACUGCUGGAGUGGUUCUUCCAACACCAAUAACAACUUGUCAGUAUUGGCAUAGGUCUUUGAACCCAAAGAAGCUUAUUGAUGUUGGCUUCUCCAGGCUUGGAGCGAGAAUGACCAUGAGCCGCACCAUAAAACUUUACAAGUUACCAGAUUCACCAGCUACUCCUGGAUUUAGAAAAAUGGAGCUUCGUGAUGUACCUGCCGUUACACGAUUGCUCAGAGACUACUUGAGCCAGUUUAUUGUUGCUCCAGAUUUUGAUGAGAAUGAUGUGGAGCAUUGGCUUCUCCCAGCUGAGAAUGUGGUUGAUAGUUUCUUGGUUGAGAGCCAAGAGAAUCAUGAGAUCACUGACUUCUGCAGCUUCUACACCCUUCCGUCAUCAAUACUAGGCAACCAGAAUUAUUCCACUUUGAAAGCUGCUUAUUCAUUUUAUAACAUUGCUACUAAGACUCCACUGCUCCAGUUGAUGAAUGAUGCACUUAUCGUUGCCAAGCAAAAGGACUUUGACGUUUUUAAUGCAUUAGAUGUCAUGCAAAACCAAUCUUUCCUGAAAGAGCUGAAAUUUGGACCAGGUGAUGGGCAACUUCACUAUUAUCUUUAUAAUUAUCGGAUAAGAAAUGGUAUUGCACCAUCAGAACUUGGGCUUGUACUCUUGUAGUUUCAUGAGUCUGCAUGUGUGCAGUGAUCUCUGUUGAUGACAAGGUAUGUCAGUUGCAUUUCCCCCCUUUCCUGAGCAGUUAUAGCAGCAGCAGAAGAAAAGGAAAAAGAAAAAAAAAAGAGAAUAUGCAGUGUAUUUGAGAAACAAGUCCAAUGUUUUUAUACGUCCAAAGUUAUGGGGACAUUUCAAUGUUGUUUGUCAUUCAAAUUGUUAUCUGGACACUAAUGUUUUUGAGAUUUUGAAAACCCUUUCCAUUCUUGAGUUUUGAUA